CCUGUUGUAGGCUCACAGCAGUCGAGAAAAUUACACGGCAGAUUUCUCCAUGUCACAGACUUCCAUCCCGAUGAAUUCUACAAGGCCCAUAGCUCCACAGCAGCAGACCACGCCUGCCACAGCGGGAAGGGUACGGCAGGUACCUACGGCGCCGAGACGUCAGACUGCGACACGCCCAUCUCACUCAUCAACGCGACCUUUGACUGGAUUAGCGCCAACAUCCGUGACGAGAUCGACUUCGUCGUAUGGACAGGGGACAAUGCCCGGCACGACUCCGAUGAGAGCAUCCCGCGCUCAGCAGACCAGGUCCUCGGCACGAACCGCCUUCUCGCCAGUAAGUUCGCAGACACAUUCUCAGAUGCCAACGGGCUCACCAUACCGGUGAUUCCAACAUUUGGUAACAACGACAUCCUGCCGCACAACAUCCUGCUGCCGGGCCCCAAUAAAUGGCUCGCAUACUAUGCCGACAUCUGGAGAGACUACAUCCCCGAGGCCCAGCGUCACAGUUUCGAGUUUGGCGGGUGGUUCUAUGUCGAGGUCAUUCCCAACAAGCUGGCCGUCUUCAGUCUGAACACGCUCUACUUCUUUGACCGGAAUGCCGCCAUCGACGACUGUGUCAAACCCUCAGAGCCCGGAUUCAAGCACCUCGAGUGGUUGAGGGUCCAGCUUCAGUUCAUGCGAGAUCGAGGCAUGAAGGCCAUCCUCAUGGGCCAUGUGCCCCCGGCUAGGACGGACAGCAAGACGCUGUGGGACGAGACGUGUUGGCAAAAGUACACGCUCUGGCUCAGGCAGUACCGCGACGUCGUCAUCACCGGACUUUACGGACAUAUGAACAUUGAUCAUUUUCUGCUGUCAGACGCCAAGGAGAUCACCAUAGACUCCACCGAAGCCGAAGAUGUGGAUCUCGACUUCAGCCACCGUCAAGAUCUGGAUGACGAGCUGACGAUCCAGUCUGCCACGGACUACCUCGAGGAGCUGCGCGACGGUUGGGCCAAAUUGCCCAAGGUGAAGUUGAAUGACGAAUCCGAGCAGAAGAGCAAGAAAAAGAAGAAGAAGAAGGACAAGAGCAAGAAGAAGUUGGGUGGCAAAUGGGCAGAGCGCUACCAAUUGUCUUUUGUAGGCCCGAGUGUCGUGCCCAACUACUUCCCUACGCUCCGCGUUUUCGAAUACAACAUCACUGGCAUCGAAGACGCAGUGACGUGGGCAGAGAAUACCGAAGUACUGCCGACCAUCGAUAGCCUUCGAUAUGGUGAAGACGAUGAGGAGGGUUUUGUGCAGCCCGAGCUGGAGCUGCGCAACUCACACGAUGCUGAAACAGCCAAGAAGAAGAAAAAGAAGAAGAAGGGAAAGGGAGACAAGAAGCCCAAGGAUCCAAACUUGGUUGUACCGAAGCCACCAGCGAAGUCCUCGCCGCCAGGACCAGCCUACUCCUCGCAACCCUUGACACUUCUCGGCUACACGCAGUACUUUGCAAACUUGACCUACAUCAACAACGAUAUUGCCCCUGAAGAGCACGAAGCGGUAGGGCCCGAAAAAUGGCGGGAAGGCAAGCACCACGAUAAGAAGCCAAAGAACAGUACACCGAAGCCCAGGACAUUCGAAUUCGAGCUUGAGUAUGCCACACACGACGAUAAGCUUUACAAUCUCAGCGACUUGACAGUCCGCAACUUCGUGGACCUGGCGUACAAGAUGGGCCAGACAGCCAAGAGCAAGACUGCAGACUUGUUUCUGCAGCGUACGGACACCGUUGACGACCUUGUCCAAGUCGACCAGGUCGAGGGGCAAAAUCCAGAGAUACUCAACGAGAGCGAAGUUUUCACAGACGACGAAAAUGAUGUUGAGGAGCUUGCAGACGAUGGCAUAGAUGCUCAGAAGAAGAAGAGCGACAAGAAGAAGAAAAAGAAGAAGAAGAAGAAGGCCAAGAAACUCAACAAGACGUGGCUCCAUUUCCUGAAGCACGCUUUCAUAAGCACAGUUGAUGACGAACAAUUGGAGGAA